AUUUUUUAGAAUUUUCCUAGACUAUAGUAUAAAUAUACAAAGUCUACGGGCCUAUUUUAUUUUGUUGAAACAUGAGGGGUCAAAUUGCUCAAACCGGAAAAUAAAUACUGUAAGUCUGUAAGUAAGAAACCCUUCUCCAUUUUCAAACAGGGUAUUUUGUGCCCCUCUUCCAAGUAACCCAAAAUUCUCCCACAAAACAAUUCUACUAAUUUCUCCUCAUUUUUUAGCUGUAUUUAUCUCUCCAUAGUGCGAUUCCAAUUCUCUGCAAUCAUGGUGCUCGAGGCUACGAUGAUCUGCAUCGAUAAUUCGGAGUGGAUGCGUAACGGCGACUACUCCCCCACUCGGUUCGACGCUCAAAAGGACGCUGUUAGCCUAAUCUGUGGAGCGAAGACUCAGAACAAUCCGGAGAAUACUGUUGGUGUGUUGACAAUGGCCGGAAAGGGGGUUCGUGUGUUGGUCACUCCGACCAGUGAUCUUGGCAAGAUCUUGGCCUGCGCACACGGUGUAGAAGUAGGUGGUGAGAUGAACUUGGCAGCUGGGAUCCAAGUUGCACAGUUGGCCCUCAAACAUCGCCAAAACAAGAAGCAGCAGCAAAGGAUAAUUGUGUUUGUGGGAAGUCCUGUUAAAUAUGACAAGAAGGUGUUGGAGUUGAUUGGAAGAAAAUUGAAAAAGAACAGUGUUGCUCUUGAUAUUGUAAACUUUGGUGAAGAAGAUGAAGAGAAGACGGAGAAGCUUGAGGCAUUACUUGCUGCUGUAAAUAACAAUGAUAGCAGUCAUAUUGUACAUGUUCCUCCGGGUCCCAGUGCUCUUUCAGAUGUACUUAUCAGUACCCCAAUAUUUACAGGUGAUGGAGAAGGAGCAAGUGGCUAUGUGGCAGCUGCAGCAGCUGCUGCUGGUGGCGGGUUUGAAUUUGGCGUGGAUCCAAACUUGGAUCCUGAACUUGCUCUUGCACUUAGAGUAUCAAUGGAAGAGGAGAGGGCAAGACAAGAAGCGGCCGCAAAGAAGGCUGCAGAAGAAGCUGCAUUAGGGGAAAAAGGGGAGCAGCAAUCAACUUCACAGGAUGCAACCAUGACCGAGAAUGUGAACCCUGGAACAUCUGAACCUGAAAAGAAAACUCAUGAUCUAACGGAUGAUGAGAAUGCAUUGUUACAGCAAGCCCUAGCUAUGUCCAUGGAUGAUUCUUCCUCCACAGUUGCUGUGAGGGACACUGACAUGUCAGAUGCAUCUGCUGAUGACCAUGAUUUGCAACUUGCUCUUCAAUUGUCUGUGCAAGAUAGUCAAGGUGAUCAAUCAAACCCGAACGAUAUGAAUAAGCUAUUAGCAGAUCAAUCCUUUAUUUCCUCCACGCUGGCUCAUCUUCCAGGAGUUGAUCCGAAUGACCCAGCCAUCAAAGAUUUACUUGCUGCCAUGCAAAAUCAGUCUGAGAAGAAGGAAGAAGACAAAGAACCAAAAGAAGAGGAAAAGAAGUGACCAUGUCUUUUGUCGACCAUCACCUUCAGGUCAAGGGGAUCUCUUAAGCAGAAAGUGAUGAGAACUGUUCAAGUUGGCACUCAGGAUGAUGAUAAUUGUUCAGUCAGAGAAUAUGCCAUGAACCAAACCAUCUAUAUAUGAUGAAGAAUACAUGUUAUGAACUUACCUAGUGAACCAUCUAUAUAUGAUGAAGGAUUAUGAAAUUGUUGCAUUUUAUUUCAGAUGGUAUUGUGGAUGGCUUAUUCAAUCUUUAUGUGGAACUCUUUUCUUCUGGCCUA